GCAGGAAGCCUCGCAACUGGUGACGACCAUGGAAACCAUGAACUACACCGAACCCGGGUUACCGCCGCCUCCCCCCGCGGACGCCCCGGUGGCGCACAACAUAACGACCCGGCAGGAAGCCUCGCAACUGGUGACGACCAUGGAAACCAUGAACUACACCGAACCCGGGUUACCGCCGCCUCCCCCCGUGGACGCCCCGGUGGCGCACAACGCAACGACCCGGCAUGAAGCCUCGCAGCUGGUGACGACCAUGGAAACCAUGAACUACACGGAACCCGGGUGCAUUCCCUCCGGGAAAAAUGGUCCCUUCGACUUUGCACCCACGACCAAGUACAGAGACUCCGACAAGCUGCCGCAGUGGAUUAAAGGUAUGGCGGCCGGGAAACGCCCUGCCCGUUCUUUGCUAUCGCUGGCUUACCGCUUCUUUUCUUCUUUCUCGUCUGUUUCCGUUUGUGCGCACGAACACCCGUGCUUGCGUUGGGGUCGACAUCCAACUUCCUCGGUAUUGAUGGUUUGGUGUUUGCCACAGACUACUUGGAUUGGCACAGGGAACAGACAUCAUCGCUCAAUGAAUGUAACUACAAGAACUAUAAAUUUCUUAUUCUAAGGUGCUCCUCUGCAGAGAGACAAUGCGGAGGAAUUGCGGACAGGCUGAAAUCAAUACCAUUCUUUAUUGCAGCCGGAGCUCGCUACAAACGAAUUUUCCUGAUUCGAUGGUCCCGGCCCACCAAACUAGAAGAAUUCCUUCUUCCAAACGAAAUCAAUUGGUCGGUACCUGACUGGCUACCUGAUAAAGUGGACAAUUUCAAAAAACAUCCGCAGGCUAAGUGGAUUUCGGGUGCCAAAGUGAUGUUUAAUGGUUUGCAGAAGUACGAAAGAAUAAUGGUUCUAGAGGGAAUGGUACAGGAUUUUUAUGGAGGAAGCAGGUAUUACAAACGAUUGGAUAUCGAUAUGGACGAUGCACAAGCAUACGACGAAGAAAAGGAAAAUCAGCUAGGCGACUCCUCGGGAUGGUAUGACUACGAAAUCAUUCUCCGUGACCUUUUUUUCUCGAUUUUCCAACUCGCCCCGCCCAUUGCGAAACUCGUCCAACAGCACUUGGAUUCGGCAAACCUGGUCCGCGGAGAAUUUGCCGCCGCGCAGUACCGAGCAUUUCAUCAUGUCGCGGACAACAAAACGAAAGUAACGGACGCUACGCUACAAAAAUCAACUAGGAACGCCCUCAACUGUGCCUCUCAGAUUCAACCAGGGGUUCCCAUCUUUUUCGCAAGCGAUUCGCAAGUUGCCGUAAAUACUGCUCGAUUCAUAAACGACAAGCAUCCCGACCGUCACAUUGUCACCUUUGACGGCGAUCAGGAGGCGUUGCAUCUAGACAAGAUGAAUACUUGGACGUCAGGAAAUGUUUCCGACUUUUAUUCUGCGUUCGUCGAUUUACUCGUAAUGGCAGAAGCAAAAUGCAUCUCAAUUGGUCGUGGUGGCUAUACCCGCUUUGCAAAUAGUUUAUCCAUUGAUCCGACAUGUGUCAUUCGACAUGAUAGUGAAAGAAGAAAAACGAUCAGUAUUUGCGAUUGGCACAGUGGCAAUACAACGGUCUAGGCGGACGAAGUGGAUGAAUGAAUUACAUCAUACGUG